GAUAGUAUGGCACCAUAUCCAUACUCACACUCCUCGUAAUCGAUGCGGGCGAUUGGCCCACGGAAUGGCGGGGGUUUAAACAAAGUGGGGGAAAAUCCAACUGAGCGAUUUUCGUCCCGAAAUUUGCAAUCCUCCCACUUUUCCCACCCCUCAUACCCUCUACAGUCUAUACAGUCACAUCCACAUCCACAUUACAUCCACCUACACUACUCUACACACCCAUCAUGGGCGCCGAAAUGGAGGCCGCGCCCGUCCUCUCCACUCCGGACGACCGCAUCCUCGAAUCCACCGAUCCCGUCGCCGCCCAGGAACCGAACCGUGCUCUCUCCGACGAAGAAAUCGCCAUUACCUAUGACAUCGAGCGCACGCUGAAGGAGAUCCGCCAGGCGCGGUAUAAGCGCAUUGCGCUGCAGUUUCCUGAUGAUAUGCUUCCCGAUGCGCCUCGGGUGUUUCAGCUUCUUAGUCGGGGGUUGGAUAAGCGGGAUGUUGAUGGUGGUGCUGCUCGUGGCGGGGUUAAUGGGAGUGCGGAGAUUGGGGAUAAGGAUGGGGAUGGGUUGGUUGAUUCGGUGUCGAAGUUGAAGGUGGAUGAGAUGGAUCCGGCUCCCAGAUUGUAUAUUCUGGCUGAUACUUCUUACGGGACUUGUUGUGUGGAUGAGGUGGCGGCGGAGCAUGUGGAUGCUGAUGUGGUCGUGCAUUACGGACGGUCGUGUUUGUCGCCGACGGCUCGUCUGCCCGUCAUCUAUGUCUUUACGCACAAGCCUUUGGCUCUGGAUAAGGUCGUUCGCGCCUUCAAGGAGACUUAUCCGGAUCCCGCUAGUAAGGUCAUCUUGGCCGCGGAUGUGACCUACUGUGAUCAUGUCCCGGCCGUGUAUGCGCGUUUGGUGGAGGAGGGUUAUACAAACUUGUUUGCGACGGAUGUGCUUCACAACCCCUCGUCGGCUAUUCCCAAUCGGACGGUUCCUGAUUCCGUGCAAGAGACCCCCGAGUCGCUGUCUGAGUGGCAGCUUUUUCACAUUUCCGAUCCGCCCACUGCCCUGCUGCUCACCCUUGCAUCUCGCGUGGCGGCUAUCUACAUCUAUCCCACGGAUGCGACGGGCGACAAUGUCAAGCCCCUGGCGGCGUCGACUACCGCUGCCUUGCGCCGUCGCUAUGCGAUCUUGACGUCCUUGAAUACUGCCCCGAUCUUUGGAAUCUUGGUCAACACGCUGAGUGUGAAGAACUACCUCCACAUUGUGGAUCAUGUUCGGGAGCGGAUUGCGGCAGCCGGGAAGAAGAGCUAUCUGUUUGUGGUGGGCAAGUUGAACGCGGCCAAGGUCGCCAACUUCAGCGAGAUCGGCGGCUGGGUGGUGAUUGGUUGCUGGGAAAGCUCCCUGGUCGACAGCAGGGAUUUCUGGAAGCCGGUUAUCACACCAUCUGAGUUGGAACUUACCCUGAAAGGGGACACGGAGCGGGUCUGGACCGGAGCCUGGCAGAGCGACUUCCAGAGCGUCCUGGAUCGGUCCGCCGAGACAAAGGAGGAUGCAACAAAUGAGGUGACAGGGGAGGAUGACGAUGAUAUGUCGGAACCCGAGUCUGCGCCGCCAGAGUUCGACCUGCGCACUGGCCGGUAUGUUUCGCAUUCCCGACCCAUGCGGAACGCUGCACCCCGCGUUUCUGCCUCAGGAGAAGAUGCCGCCUCAUCUGCUGGUGGGCCGUCUGCAGCGCGGGCCCUCGCCAGGCGAGCCAAAGGCGAUGUGGCGAUGAUCGGUGGGGCGAUCUCGCCGGGGGCGGAAUUCCUGCGGUCGCAGCGGACAUGGAAGGGGUUGGGAAGUGAUUUUGAUAUCCAGUACGAGGAGGACGCGACGGACAGCACGCUGGUGGUGGAAGGGCGCAAGGGCAUUGCAAGGGGAUACACAGUGGGAGAGGCAAUAGACCGACACUAGUUAGGCAUCUCCCUGGCGCAGGAAAAGGGAGAAGGGAGAAGGGAGAGGGGGAAGGGGAGGGAUGUUGGAUUGUUGGGCGACGG